CUUAUUGGUAGAUUUGAAAACAGGAAUUCCAUCAGUGUUCAUUAUCUUUGUAAAGUUGAGCGGUUUGUCAGGAGACAGAAAGCCCUUUGACAAUAAUUCCUUAUAAAUCUGGCCAUCAUAAAUAUCUUCCAAGUUUUCUUGACAUACCUUUGUCCUUGUGUGUCUGUAACUCAGAUUAGAAUAAAAUUCUUUCUGACUAAAUAGGCUUUGCAGCUGUGGGAUCAGUGGUAACUCCACAAAAAUAGAAUGCCCUGAAACUGUUGGAUGAAGAUUUGCAUUUGGACAUUUACUUAUUUUACCAUCUUCUUUAGUCAAUUUAGCAUAGCAGGCUGAACAGUAGUAAUGGUUCUUGACAGGGCAAUCCAAGCAUGAAAAAUACUUCUUAAAAAGAUAUAAUGAUGUUUUCAUACGGUUAUUUUCUGCCUUGCAGUGGAGGUUUAUCAGUUGAAGCAGGUCAUCAAUUAUUUUGCCAUCAAGUUCAUGUCUUUUCACAAAGCACAAAAUUGCGACCAUGCUAUCAUUGACACUCAAAGGGGCACCUUCGUAUAAUGGGCAGUCUGCAUCUGCAGUGACCUCUAUUUCUUCAUCAGAUACAGAAAUAUCAGAAACACUAUGUUCAUUCACAUCUAAAACAGGAAAAAAUGGAGCUUUGUUUAGAAAAUUUCAAUUACAAGUACAAACAUAAUCGCUUUUAUAAAGGAUUACCUUCAGUUGCAGAAUCAGAUUCAUUACUGUAUUCAAUACUGUCCACACUGAUGCACUCCAGCAUUUCCUCAUCAUUUGCUGAGUCUAUAGUAGUUUGUACGGGAUCUGAAUAACAAGAGAAAUAUUUUAAAACAUUCACAUUCAUUAAAUCGAUACUAGAUUCGUUACAGAACUGUGUUUUAAUAUAGGAAGAAUUUUUGUGUUUCUUUUCUCAAGGUGCUACCACAAUGGAUUCAUUGGACAAACAAUAUUCCUGUUUAAUUGAUUGAGAUGGUUAAUUUGUGUGAUAGCAUUACUGAGGGAAUAUAAAAAAUACUAAAUGAGUCUGCGAGUAGGGAUUUGCAUUUUAUGUACUUUAGAUUAAGCAUUAUGAAGGAAUUAUGAGAGAUUUCUUAACGCUGUUAAGUAUAUGAAGCAGAUCAAGAGCUAGAGAAGCAAAAAAAUCAAAGGUGAAAGUGUUAAGGUUUAAUAGUGUGAAGAAUAAUUGUCCUGGCAGUAACUAGCAAUUUGGCUUUCCCACGGUGGCAGUUAUAUUUCACACUGUUGAACCUAAACACUUUCACCUUUGAUUCUUUGCUUCUCUAGGUCUUGAUCUGUUCCCUAUAUUUAACGGGGUUAAAAAAUCUCUCAUGACUCUUUCAUAACGCUCAAUUCAAAGUACGUGCAAAUUCCUACUCGUAGACACAUUUGGUAUUCUAUAUUUUCCCUCCAUCAAUGCCAUUACACAAAUCAACCUUCUCAUUGUAGUAACACUGUCAGAGGAAGUGCCACCAGAACAUUCAAUCAAAAAAAGUAAGGAACCAAAGGCACAGAAACACUUUGAGCUACUCAAAUCAAGGGAGGAUUUAAAAUCAAUGUAAUUACUGGUAAUAUUGUCUGUAGUAGAGAUGACUGACGCAUUCAAGUUGCUUGAGUUCAGAUCUACUUCAUCAUCAGUAUUAUCAUAUUUUCCUGCAGGAUUAAAAAAAAACAAAUAUAAAUACAACUUUUAGUAUUGGAAUGGAAAGCAUUCAUAACGAUUUAGCAGUACCUGUAGGCUGGAUAGCUUGAUCUUCUAUAAUACUCUCCGAAAAAGAAAUUUCUUCUAUGUGUGACACUGACACUGGAAAUAAAACACAAGCAGAAGUCAAUUAAAGUCAACAAGGGCACGAGAACUUGACUGUGCUCGUGAAACUACCAAAGAAACUGUGACAGAAUUGCUUAAGUUGUCUCCGGAAAACAAUGUUCCCAGGGAGAUCCCUUGGUAUUCAAUACCCCAAAAUUUAUAGAGAAUGGCCUGAACUACCACUCGAUUCAAUACCUUCAGACAUGUUCAGUUGCGAUUGGUUCAUUUCAGUUUCUUGUUGUUCGACAUUUGCCUCAUCACCUUCACUUUCCAAAGAGGAGCCUGGUAAAAUGGAAACAAAACCAUCACAUAACAGAAAUAAUAAAGACAGAAUAGAAACACUUAUUCAACUUCAAAGCAACAAGAGUUUCACCUUCCAUAGACACAAGUGAGGCUACUGGACUGAGCUGGAUUUCAUAGGUUGAUUGGUUUAAAGUGUCUUCAUCUGAUGAAUCAACAUCCCUCUUGUCUUCAUCUGAUGAAUCAACAUCCCUCUUUCGCUUUGCAGGCGGCCCUUGGUCAGUCAUAUUAAAAUAUUCAAGUUAAAAAAUAAAAAUAUCCAGAAGUCCCAGAAGUACAAAAGCAAACAGCAGCCGAAAUAAACACCUGUAUUUGUUUUUCUUCCUGUCUUCUUUAAAGGUAACAGCAGCCAACUCAACACUAACGUUGGGGGUUCUUGUGCAAAGUUUCCAAAAAGUUUUCAGCAUUUAAUCUUUGCGCCAAUAAGAAAAAAUAAGAAAAUAUAACACCCUUGCGAGUAAAAUAAGAACAGUAUUUAAAAAAAUAAAGGUUUAAAAUUGUGAUUGUAUUUCUCAGGUUGGCUUACUUGCAUUGAUAUUUAAGGUGCUUUUGAAAAAAAAUCUUUGUUCCGUUUAUUGGUUGAUUCCAAACAGACAGUUUUUAGGAAUGACCCCAAACUAUACUUGCAACAUUUCGAAUCUUCGGCUUCUAUCAUCCAAACAUAUUUUUCUUUCAAUAACGCGGGUUAUUCAAGGAAGUGACUUUGUAAGGUUGGUACGAGGGCCUACGUCAACCAAAAGACGAACGGACUUCCGCGCCAUUUGUACUUCGCUCUCGCUCUGUCUCAUCUUCAACGGUUGUCCUGAUCCUUAGUAGAAAAUCAGAAAAACUAUACUGAAAUCUUUUAAGAAAUCGCCUUUAAGGCGUGAUCACAAUGGUGAUUAGGAAGCAAGAUAUCAAGAAACACCUCAAGUUUGAUGAUGGAGGUGAAGUAAUUGGAGACGCAGACACAAGUCAAGCCAGGACAGGUGGUAGAUCCUCCGGAAGACCGUAUAGAAGCGCCAGAAAUGCUGGUUCAAGUAAGGAUGUAGUGAAUCUUGGAGCUAUGUCCUCUGGGUCUUUCAUGAACCUUCUAGAUGGAGUCACUGUUAAUUCUUGUUCUGAAAAUGAGGACGACAAUGAAAAUGCAUCUGUGCCGCAAGAAAACAAGAAUGAAAAUGCAAUUGUGCGGCUAGGAAAGAAGAAUGAUAAUGCAUUUGUGCUGCAAGAAAACAUGAUUGAAAAAGCAAUUGUGUCGAAAGAAAAGAGGAAUGAUAAUGCAUUUGUGCUGCAAGAAAACAUGAUUGAAAAAGCAAUUGUGUCGAAAGAAAAGAGGAAUGAUAAUGCAUUUGUGCUGCAAGAAAACAAGAAUGAAAAUGCAUUUGGGCGGCAAGAAAAUAAGAAAGAUACUGCGUCUGAAGCCAUAUCUGGCACGAUCGUUGCUAAGAAUGCUGAGCGUCAAUCACAUCCUUUGGUAGACAAAGACAAACAAAGCCAGGUUCCGAAUCCUCAUGUGGAAUCAUUUUCAACUGUGGAAGUGAAGACUGAUGAAAUCCGAAGUGAAAGUCAAGACACAUCCACUUUUCUUGACACUACAAUGCCGUUAUUUGUUGAUACUCAGUCUCAAACUGAUCAGUGCUUCCUGUUGUGUACAUGUAUCAAGUGCAAAGAUAUAGUUCAAAAGUUUUCCACCUAUAUGUGUAAAGGCUAUGGAGAUGACUGUGUAUACAGCAAUGAAAAUGUUAAAGGAGCGAAAGACUUGAAUGGAAGUGGCCUUACAUUUAACACUUCCUUACAACAAGGAGACGACCAGUUAAUUCCCCUGUACAAAGGGUGUUCCACCAACAUUUCUGUUACCUGUAAAGGAAAAUUGAAAAUCCUCGACAAAGACCCAAACUCAACCGAUAGAGAUUACGUUUAUGCCAUUAUGGAUGAUCUGUUUGAACCAAGUGUCUUGGCUAAUAUGACGGCAGAAGGAAGAACUCCAGGGUCGACCAAAAUGGAUCCAAAGAUUAAAGACACUAUAUUGAUAUACCUCCAGAAUAAGUUCACGGGCGUUGACAAGUUAAGUGUUAAUGAAAGUAUUAAUGCCAAAUGUUAUUGCGAGAGGAGGAAAUUAUGGGGGAAAAAUUCGGAGCAGGUCAGAAAACCUUUGGUCAAAAAUAAGAAGAAGCAGAAGGAAACUGAGUCUUCACUUGGCGAUGGUGAAAGCAAUGAAAAUGCGAAGAAGGAUAAGGGAAGUGAUGGUGAAGCUUUGGACCAAAGAUUCAAACGCAGAAAGGGGGAUAAGAAUUGUGAUGAGCAAAAACGUUUGAAAAGGCGCAGGAGCAAGAGCAAGUCUAAAUCUAGUUCAAGCAAGAAGAAAGCUGUGCCACAGGUGCCCUAUUCGCCCUCGCCUAAACAAAUGAAAAAGAAAAAGGUAAAGAAUGACUCCCAUGACCAUCCCACAAAAGGCAACAAGCGCCCUAGAUCAGUACAGGAUAUUCUGGAUAUCAACACCAAGGAGCAAACUGAUUUUGAGCUUUCCCCAAUUGCAAAAAAAAUAAAAAAGAAGACCCAUGAACCAGGGUUCCCUGACAAGCAGAAAGAUUUAUCUUUGAAGUCAAAGCACAUAAGUCAAGAGGUCAAGUCACAUAAGACUGAGUUCUGGAAAGGUAUGGCAUCAUCGUCAACACCAAAACAUCAGAAAACAGCCAGAGGUGAAAAUAGUAAAAAGAAAGAGAAAGGACAAGAACAGGAGAGUGAUGACAAUGAAAGGAAUCAGAAUGAAACAGAAUCAGAGGCGGAUGACGAGGAAGAAGAGAUUGAACAUCAAGAUGGUGAGGAGUCCAGUUGUGAUGAAGAAACUGGUAGUGAUACAUCUUGAACAAUUUGAACAGUGUCAAACUCUUUUCUGAAUUUCUAUUUUCUUUUGAGCAGUGUUAAACCUUCUUUUUUUUUAAAUAUCUUUGUUUCUCAUUUGAUUUGUGAAAAAAUGGCCAUUGCAGUUAAACAUAUUCCUGUCGGAAGUGACAAUAAGUUUACGCACUUCCAAAUGCAAAUUGUUAGUUUCCAGUGGCCAUUUUAUUUAGUACUGUGUU